UCUUGGAAUUCUUGGUUAUCAAUAUCAAUCUGACUGAUACGGAUUUCAAAUGAAUACAUUUUUAAUGUGUUAGAUAUAAAUAUCGUUUCGUUUGUGUAUUUUACGACAAACAAUAAAAAAAUAUCUAAAUAUUUGACUAUCAAGUUAUUUCUUGCUAAAAAUGUUUAAUAAAACUGUUCACAUACGUUAAGUAUUUACAUGUAUUAUAUUUUUUCAAUUGUGUUACAUUGUAUAUUGUAGUUUUCACGUUAGAAUUUUUAUUUUAUAAUUUUAUAGUUUAUCCUCUUUUAUUUUGUUUUGUGAACAAACUUUCUGUUUGUUCUUAUUAAUAAGUUACGUUUUAUUUCGGUUUUAAGUUUUUGUACUAUAAUCUAAUGGAAAAUAAAAGAAGUUCUUCUGAUGGCGAAGAUAUACCGAGUGAUUUUUUUGACGAUUUCAAUAAAGAUGAAUUUAUAGAAGGUCUUAGUGUGAUCGAUAGUUGGGACGAUGACGAUAAAAAGGCGCAAAGUUCGCGAUCACGAAUAAAAUUAGAAUCAAUUGAUAAUGUUCGUGACCUACGCGAGUUGAUCGAACGAGAAGAAGACGACGAUCGACGUGUUCGACGUUAUAUCAAACCUGACCCAAAGUAUAGGUGGAAUCGGAACAAUCCUCCUCCAUCUCCCAAGCAUUCAAGUUAUGUCAAUCAGAACGUGAGUGACAACUUGGACGACUAUAUCAAGCCCGGCAGUCGACGCGAUCCAAGCAAAACUAAUGAAGCUAUCAAAAAAGAUAAAGAAGUCAAAGUAAAAGAACACUUAGCUAAACAUUUAGAAUCUGGUAGCGAUUUGUGUCCACCUGGUACUGAGCUAGAUGAUUACUUUGAAGAACAUAGAAACGUCGAGUUUAGGAAACGUCUAUCUGAGACACGAGGUGAAAUUAUUUCACCACCUAAGGAGUAUAGACCUAGGCGUAACCGAUACAGUGGAGAAUCACCCGUGAGACGGCGAGAGUCACCUCCGAGGUAUCGGCGUGUGCGAGGCAAUUUUCAACGCACGCGUAGUCCACAUCGCCCGUAUCGACCACACUUCAUUCGUGGUAGCCCACAUAGAGGCUUUCGUAAACAUCACAGGUACAGCCCUCGAAGCCCUCGAAGAUUUAGCCCCGAAGUUCGUCGGGAGCACCGUUCACGAUCACCAUACAAGCGUUACCGUAAGGAGUCUAGGUCUCGCUCCCCAGGUCGUAGAUCCGAGAGAGACGAACAUCGUCGAUCACGUUCUUCUACUCGUAUAUCUGGGAGAGAUGACUUCCUUUAUCCUAAUGAACACUACCCGCCCCCUGACUAUUCAAAUGUAAAACCUGUAAUUCCUUACCAGGAUAACCCGGAGCAACAGUAUGCUAACCAUGUCCCUGUUGAGUAUGGUGAUGCACCCACUUAUCCAUACGUACAGAGUCAGGGAUAUGGUGAUUAUGGAGUUCCAUAUGAGUAUGGAGUUUCAUCCACCCAGCCAAUGGCUCCACCUCUUGUACCUCAACCUGUACCAGCCCCUAUAAUUCCAUCAACAGCCUCAGAUACAAUGCUUUAUAAUCCUGUCCCACCACCAGGUAUAAUGCAUGCCCCAUAUCACAGUACACAGACAAUUAAUGAUCAAUCUUCAAUCCAAAACAUACCAGAAACAUUGCCAAAUGCUCAAGUUGACGCCUUAGCAAAAUUGGUUGCAGACGGCAAGUUGUCACAUGAAGAUUAUUUGAAAUUGGCUCCUAAUAAAGGUGUACAAACUAUGGAUACUCAUGCAAGAGUUGCUGUUUUGAAUCGCUGUCACAACGCCAUGUCUAUGCUUGGCUCCAUUGUUCUACCAAAUCAACUGUUAAUAAAUAACAGUCUCAUUGGUCCAGAACAAAAACAAAUAGCACCCAAGUUUUGUUCACCAUUGAAGCGUCAAGCAACAACUGAAUUUCAUUUCACCAAAUAUGAUGCAUCAGCAGUUGCAAAACAGAACAAGCAGAUAGUAGACACCAUUGUUGGCAUGCUCAAACUUGAAAAAAUUGUAGGAAGAACGAAGAAAGUGCAAAAGGAUACCAAGGAUGUUGCGGUACAAACUAGCAAGCCUUUCUGCGAUAUAUGUGCAAUCCGUGAAAGUGUGACCUUCAACAGUGUGGGAACGUCCAUCCAUCGUGAAUUGUUAUUGUCAACUGUUCACACCCAAGUAAUUGAACAGGAUUUGUUUAGUUCCAAGUCUGUGUUCAACCCUACUGGUGGUUUAGGUGAGGGAGCUAAUAUGUCUAUAGCUCACAUGACUCCGGCGCAAUUGGUGUCGCAACUAGCAGCGCGAGCCAAGACCUUGAAGCAAACCGAGCCUUCACAUUCGUCAAAUCAAUAUCUACAUUCGCAGAACUACGAUUACGACAGCAGAGGCGGCGACAAUAAUUAUCGCAAUCAAUAUAAAUAUCGUUUCUAAAUGUUUCAACACGGAAAAAAGAUUGUUGGAAUAAAUUAUAUUUAAAAAGAUUGUAAGAUUUCUUGGAUGCAUGAGUUAUUUUUAAAACAUCUAUUUAGGCAUAGAAUUUAUCACUUAUGUAUUUUUUUUUUAAUACAUUGUUAUUUGCAAAA